GGAAUUCCAUGUUAGCAAACUGCGUUGUCGAGAGGGCUUCAGGCUUCUGCUUCACCGUGCUCCUCCCAGCCCAGCGCCGACGCCGAGCUCCCCUUCCUUGAACCGCCGGCCGUGCCAACCCGCGACUCGCUGGAGUAGGCGGUACGAUUAAUUCGACCAGACGCGGCCGCGGAUCCUAAACGAGUUCUGGGUUUUUGCUCUGAAGAACAAAAUGGACAAUGCUCAGAGUGACAACCGAACUGAUACCAAGCAAGAUGAUGAUGCGCGCCAAAGCAAACAGGAUGAUGAGGAGGCCCGCCUUGAAGAAUAUAAAAAGAUCAUUGAUCAAAAGAUUUCCCUCCGCCGGAGCAACCAAAACCCUGAAAGGCCUGGUAGUUAUUUCUUUCACUAUUUUUAUUUCCUUUACCUCUUCUAAUCACAAUAUAAGUGGAUCUAGAUUUGUCCUAAGUCAAUUUAAAACUUUGACAAGCAAUAGCCAUAAAAAUAUAUUACCUUAAAUGGAACCGGUUAUGUAACUAUAAAAAUAAAGUUGGUUUCCUCGAUGAAGUAAGUCUGUAUAAUUUUUUCUCUUGAAUACAAAGCCUUUUAGUCCCAAGCAAGUUGGGGUUGGUUAGAGUUGAAACCCUACAGAAGCCAUAGAUCAAGGUUCGGGCACGUGGAUAGCUGUUCUACAUUCACUGUUAUUCAAGGCUAAAUCUUUGGGUAUAUUUGAUCCUUUCAAUUCUCUUUUUACUGCCUCUUGCCAUGUGAACUUCGGCCAGGGUAACGCUUUAUUGCACAAGCAAUCAUUCAAAUCAAGUGCUGGAAGCAUUCUUGUUUUUGGUCUUGUCAGGUGGAGAAUUUGUUUCUACACUGGAACAAUAUUCUGGAAUUGCAUGAAAUCCUCAUUUUAGAUAUUGCAUACAGUAUGGGCUGUUUAUUUUAACUUGUAUGUCAAAAAUUUGCUAUAGGAUAAUUAUUUCAGAAUUUGCUGGAGGAUAUUUUCUGGUACAUGAUAAGGAACACAUUUAUGUAAUGAUAUAAAAAAUGAUUAAGGAUAAUUGCUUCAAAUCGUGUUGGAAGAAUUUCUUUGGUACUUUCAUAAGGAACACUUUACAUCUAAAAAACUUGUAUUCAAGUCGAAGUGAACACUGAACAAAUCUAUGUGUUGUACGACUGGAAAUGUACAUAAAGUUUGUAGCAGCUAGAAAUUAGACGAGAAAUAUAGUUGCAAUCAAAGAAAAGCACUUUUUGUAGCAUGUAUUUAUGUGCGUUAACUUGGAUGCUCCUUUUCUUUCACAUGUCACUUCUAAAAGUCUAUUUUUGUUUGACCGCAAAAAACCCAUCUGACAAUUUGUUGUGGAUGAGGUACAACAUACAAGUUUCCUGUUGCUUAUAUAUGUUCUUAGAAUCUUGACAAUGGUUGAUGAUGAGCUACUUAAGAAAAGGGCAGACCCAGUGCUGGAGGCUCUCACUUGAGUGGGGUUUGGGGAAGGGAUAAACUGGGGCAAGCUUCUCCCCCCACAAAUGCAGUUAUGCGGAGAGGCUGCUUCGAACCCGCCACCUGGUGACUCAAUGCAAACUACCUGAGAACCCUGGACUCUAGUAUUAAGCGCAAUACAACCGUUAUAAAGAAGUUGAAGACAAUAAAUGAUGAACAGAAGGAUGUGAUAAUGGAUGAGUUAAAAAGUGUGAAUUUGAGUAAAUUUGUCAGCGAAGCAGUUUCUUACAUUUGUGAGGCCAAACUUCGCUCCGCUGAUAUACAAGCUGCUGUUCAGGUUUGCUCGCUCCUUCAUCAAAGAUACAAGGACUUCUCUCCUUGUCUUAUAGAAGGUCUACUGAAGAUCUUCUUUCCUGGAAAAUCUGGAGAUGAUUUGGAUGCAGAUAAAAAUUCGAGAGCCAUGAAGAAGAGAAGCACAUUGAAACUUUUGAUUGAACUAUAUUUUGUUGGAAUUGUCGAAGAUGCUAGCAUAUUUGUAAAUAUUAUAAAAGAUCUUACAUCAGCAGAACAUUUGAAGGACCGUGAAGGAACUCAAACAAACCUAUCUCUUCUAUCUACCUUUGCUCGUCAAGGGAAGUUUUUUGUAGGGCUACAACCUCAUGGUCAAGAAGCUUAUGACGAGUUCUUUAAGGACCUAAAUGUUACUGCUGAGCAGAAGAAGUUCUUUAAGAAAGCCUUGAACUCUUACUAUGAUGCUGUAGCUGAACUACUACAAUCAGAACAUGCGUCUCUUCGUCUAAUGGAGGCGGAGAAUGCAAAAGUUUUAAGUGCCAAAGGUGAACUAAGUGAUGAGAACACAUCCUCAUAUGAGAAACUCAGGAAGUCUUUUGAUCAGUUACUACGUGGUGUUUCCUCGUUGGCUGAAUCUCUUGACAUGCAACCUCCAGUGAUGCCAGAUGAUGGAAAUACAACAAGAGUUACUACAGGAACCGAUGCGUUGCCUUCUUCUGGAAAAGAAUCAUCUGCAUUGGAACCUAUCUGGGAUGAUGAAGAUACCAAAGCUUUUUAUGAAUCUUUACCUGAUCUCAGAGCAUUUGUGCCAGCUGUAUUACUGGGAGAGGUUGAACCAAAAUCAAAUGAGCAACAUGUUAAGGGCCGUGAGCUAUCUGGUGAGUCCACUUCAGAACAAGAGACUGAACUACAUGACAAUGUUCCAACUUCUGCCACUGAACGUCAACUAGAAGUUAAAGUAGAUGAUCUAGUGAAAGAGAGUGAAGACAGAGAUAAAGAGAAGGGGAAGGAUGGAGAAAAGGAAAAAUCCAAGGAGAAGGAUCUGGAUAAGAAAAAUGAAAGAGAGAAGGAGAAAGGAAGAGUCUUGGAUGGCGCAAGUCUGGAUAACCUCCUGCAGAGGCUGCCAGGAUGUGUCAGUCGUGAUCUCAUUGAUCAAUUGACGGUUGAGUUUUGCUACCUAAAUUCUAAAGCAAAUCGAAAGAAACUUGUGCGUGCCUUAUUCAAUGUUAAUAGGACUUCACUGGAACUGUUGCCAUACUAUUCUCGUUUGGUUGCAACACUCUCAACCUGUAUGAAAGAUGUUCCAAGUAUGCUUCUGUCUAUGCUUGAAGAGGAGUUCAACUUUUUAAUAAAUAAGAAGGACCAGAUCAACAUAGAAACAAAAAUAAAAAAUAUACGGUUUAUCGGGGAGUUGUGCAAGUUCAAAAUGGCUCCUCCAGCUCUUGUUUUUAGCUGUUUGAAGGCCUGCCUUGAUGAUUUCAGUCAUCAUAAUAUUGAUGUGGCUUGCAACCUUCUUGAGACUUGUGGUCGUUUUUUGUAUCGCUCACCUGAAACUACCAUUCGCAUGGCUAACAUGCUGGAGAUACUGAUGAGAUUGAAAAAUGUCAAGAAUUUGGAUUCACGCCACAGUACACUUGUAGAAAACGCCUACUACCUUUGUAAACCGCCCGAAAGAUCUGCGCGGAUAUCGAAAGUUCGGCCACCGUUGCAUCAAUACAUAAGAAAGUUGCUUUUCUCAGAUCUUGACAAAUCAAGUGUUGAACAUGUUUUGCGCCAACUACGCAAAUUACCUUGGGCAGAGUGUCAACAAUACCUUCUGAAGUGCUUUCUAAAGGUUCACAAAGGAAAGUACAGCCAAGUUCAUCUGAUUGCUCUUCUCACUGCUAGUCUCAGCCGCUAUCACGAUGACUUUGCUGUCUCAGUGGUAGAUGAGGUUUUAGAAGAGAUAAGGGUUGGAUUGGAGUUGAAUGACUAUGGGAUGCAACAAAGGAGGCUUGCCCACAUGCGGUUCCUUGGAGAGCUAUACAGCUACAAGCAUAUAGAUUCAUCAGUUGUUUUUGAUACACUGUACCUUAUCAUUGUGUUUGGUCAUGGAACUCCGGAACAAGAUGUGCUGGAUCCACCAGAAGAUUGUUUCAGAAUCAGGUUGAUCAUUACACUUCUACAGACCUGUGGUCACUAUUUCAGUAAGGGGUCUUCAAAAAGGAAGCUCGACAAAUUCUUGCUACACUUUCAAAGAUACAUUAUUAGUAAAGGGCCCUUACCACUCGACAUAGAGUUUGACAUUCAGGAUUUAUUUGGUGAGCUACGACCAACCAUGUCUAGGUAUUCGUCAAUUGAGGAACUUGUUGCCGCGUUAGUUGAGUUUGAAGAAAAUGAACGUUCAGCCCCAGUAGAAAAGGUUGAAAAUGAAAGACACUCCGACAAUGAAUCUCAGAAAAGACACUCGCGAGAUGCUGGUCCAUCUGUGAAUGGUGAAAGCGCUGCAAAUGGAACCGAGGAAAAUGGCAAGGCUCAUGAAGUAGCAGAUAGUGAGAGCUAUUCAGAUACUGGCAGCAUUGAUGGACGGGAAGAAGAGGAGGAUAUAUUAUCUGAGGAUAAAUCAAAUGAUGGCUCAGAUAACGAAGGCGACGAUGAAGAUGAUGGCAUUCCUGUUGUUUCUGAUGAAGAUGAAAAUGUUGAGGUUAGACAGAAAGUCAUGAAUGUUGAUCCUAAGGAGCAAGAAGACUUCGAUCGAGAGCUCAAAGCCCUUCUUCAGGAGAGCUUGGAGUCUCGUAAAUCAGAGGCCCGUUCAAGGCUCCCUUUGAAUAUGAUGGUGCCGAUGAACGUCCUCGAGGGUUCAAAAGACUCAAGGGCCACAGAAUCUGAGAGUGGAGAAGAAACAGUAGACGAAGAGGGUGGGAAUGCUGGGGGUAGCAGCAAGGUGCGUGUGAAGGUGCUAAUGAAGAAAGGACACAAGCAACAGACAAGACAAAUGUUAAUUCCGGCCGAUAGUUCAAUUGUGCAAAGCACGAAGCAGCAGGAAGCUGCUGAGCUUGAGGAGAAGCAGAGCAUCAAGCGGAGGAUCCUUGAGUACAAUGAGAGGGAGGAAGAAUUGAAUGGAGCAUCCCAAAUGGGGAACUGGGGCCAAGGAGCUACCAGUACCAGCAGUAUCAGAUCAGGUGGCCGGGGCAGCUGGGAUGGUUCAGCACGGGGAGGUGGUCGACAACGGCACCACAUAACGGGUUCUGGUGGUUUCUACCACAGUUAUGGCAGGAGAAGAUAAGUUCGCCUGUGUGAGCUAUUUCGCCCUGAGCCUUUUGGCAGGUAGAAAGCAUCCUAGUCUGACAAAUUGCCUCUAGCAAAUGAGAUUAGCGUUUAACACAGCUUGAUGGACAAUUGCCUCUAGCACCCUAGUCUGAAAAUAAGACAAUUCUACCACUGGUCAUGGGAGAUAGCAAUGCCUUGAGAAGGAGCUGCAAAUCUGAUGGUCCUAAUGGCUUGAGUUGCUACGGUGUUUGGUAAAGCUGGUUGUGAUGGCUGUACCCGGAUACAUGCGCAUACUGUUUCGACGCCAUGUAGGGGGUAUCUGGUCAAAGUUCGCUGUCUGAUGCCUGUUCUAAUUUAGUGGAGUAUUACUGGCAAUGUGGUACAAGCAUCUUGUCUUGAAAAUCGAAAACUGCACGGUAUGUGUGCGCCAUUUUUUGUCUGAUGAGGUGUGUUCCAUGCGUGUAUUUCAUAUGUAGCUACACCAAUCGCGUGUCCACCGAACGAUGCUAACUUGCUAUGCCGAUGGAGCAUGCUUUCUACCCGCAUCGCAACCCGCAAA